AUGUUGGGUACUGAUGUUGAAGAGAACAUCGAGGAGAUGUUUGGUAGUGAUGUUGAAGAGAACAUCGAGGAGAUGUUUGGUAGUGAUGUUGAAAAGAACAUUGAGGAGAUGUUGGGUAGUGAUGUUGAAGAGAACAUUGAGGAGAUGUUGGGUAUUGAUGUUGAAGAGAACAUCGAGGAGAUGAUGGGUAUUGAUGUUGAAAAGAACAUUGAGGAGAUGUUGGGUAUUGAUGUUGAAGAGAACAUUGAGGAGAUGUUUGGUAGUGAUAUUGAAGAAACAUCGAGGAGAUGUUUGGGUAGUGAUGUUGAAGAGAACAUUGAGGAGAUGUUGGGUAGUGAUGUUGAAAAGAACAUUGAGGAGAUGUUGGAGGUCAUCAAGGAGAUGUUUGGUAGUGAUGUUGAAAAGAACAUUGAGGAGAUGUUGGGUAUUGAUGUUGAAGAGAACACCGAGGAGAUGUUGGGUAUUGAUGUUGAAAAGAACAUUGAGGAGAUGUUGGGUAUUGAUGUUGAAGAAAACAUUGAGGAGAUGUUUGGUAGUGAUAUUGAAGAAACAUCGAGGAGAUGUUUGGGUAGUGAUGUUGAAGAGAACAUUGAGGAGAUGUUGGGUAUUGAUGUUGAAGAGAACAUUGAGGAGAUGUUGGGUAUUGAUGAGAUGAUGGGUAGUGAUGUUGAAGAGAACAUCUAGGAGAUGAUGGGUAGUGAUGUUGAAGAGAACAUCUAG